UAUCUACCAAUCAAAAAUUUGGUAAAGCAGUAGCCUGAGCAGGCGCGUCGAGUAUAGGACAAUGUGCCGAACAUCAGCGAAGGGUGAUUUGGCAGCAGUCCAGGAAACGGAUGUAUUUUGACUCGGGUGAUUUGGGUCUCUCUGCAGCCGACAGAGUGACUGAUCAUGGUAUAAUUCAAACUGGCGCAGCCCAUCCUAUACGUGACCGUAUCUCGCGUCGCUAUGCUUCAGUCUCCAAUACCAGUAAUACCUACAAAGAUGCCAACAGGACCUUCAGUGGCGAGAAAAGCCCAAACCCGAAAAUAAUAGAUAGUCCUCUACACCAGCAAAAUCAAGAUCAGGAACAAGAGGACGCAGAAUCAUAAGGAACAGUUUAGGGUAGACAAGUUCUCGGACAUUACUUAAAGUUCAAUACAGAGAGAACCUUACGAGCUAUCUAUAUUAUGUUGGUGGGGAUGCGGGACCUGUGGAUCUAAA